GUCGAGGCCCACAAAACAUGUUUCACGACCCGCAUGUCACUCUACCGAUCACUGUCCGUCCUCUUCCAUAGCCUUUUCUCGUUUCUGGGUCUCCCUCCUCCCCAUUUCUAUCUUCUGCAAACGUUCAACUUCGCUUAAACGCUGCGUCGCGCUUAGAAUGUGCCGAUUGGAAGUGUAUGAUCAUUGAUUCAUUUCUUCUCUCUGCUGGCGCUCAUUCAUUGAUUCCCUCUCAAUUCAGCUGAAUUUCGGAGAUAAUGGCGAAUUGGAUCUCCUCCAAACUCAAAGCCGCUGAGAAUAUUCUCCAGCAGAUCGAUAAUCAAGCGGCUGAGUCGCUUCGCAAGAAUGAGACGCUUCGAUCUGAGGAACCUAGAAUAGAUUCUCGUGUCAAGACGAGCGGUGCUGUAUCUUUGAAGGAUCAGUUGAAGAAAAGGCCACCGGAGGACAAUAAUUAUCAGGGGAAACUGCGUGGUGAUACGAAUUUCAGCCAGAUUAAUGAUAAUGAUGGACACAAAGACUCAACAAGUGCACCAAAAGCCUCUCCCAAAUCUAGCCCCGCGCUUACAGAUGGUGAUUGGACUCAACUCCUUAGUAUGCCUAAUCCGCCUUCAACUUCUGGGAGUAAUCACAGUAAUGGAGUGACAGCGCUUCGGGGUUUAAACAAGAAUAACAGGAGGCAGAAGAAUUUGUCUUCUAAUUUAUUGGUUUCGGAAGUAAAGAGGAACCAGAAGAGUGGUAACAAUGCGUCAAAGUCUUCACCGAAGUUAGGCACUGUCAAAGAACUUAACUUGAGUGGAAAAGGUAAGGCUAGUGAUGGAGAGGAGUCUACCUCCUCAGGUUCAGCUGAAAGGCACUCAAAUGUAGAAUCAGAAACUGAUGGUAAGCAAGCAAGAAAACAAGGAUUGGACAGUAAAGAAAGUGCUGCAAAGCAUGUGGUAGAACAAGAUCGUAAGGAAAAUGAAGAAAAUGGUUCCUCUGUGGAAUAUACUAAGCUCUCUCAACCGGCAUCUUUACAGUCACCUACUAAUAUGCAAGAUGCAAAAACGGCUGUUGAGGUUGCUCGUGGUCAAUCAAGAAGUACAAUUAAGGAGAAGGAUGGACUUAAUGCAGUCUCGGGAAAUUCAAUACCUCAUGAUUCGAAAACGGUUUCUUCCGCAUUAAGUAAUGUUUCUGAUUCGGAUUCAGACUUCAGUUCGUCUGGUUCUGAAAGUGAACGUGAGAGGGAGGAAAGGAAAAAGCGGCGAGAGAGAAUUCUAGCUGAGAAAGCAGCAGCUAAAGCAUUAGAGGCUAUCAAAGAACGGGAGGAUAUGGUAGCCAAAUUGGAGGGUGAGAAACAAAGCUUGGAGAAAAUACUUGAGGAGAGAGCUAAACAACAAGCAGAAGAGGCUUCACAGCUGCAAACCACUAUGAUGGAAACAAUGGAAGCUGCUGAGAUAGAAAAGCAAAAACAUAAUAAUACUAGAAUGGAAGUCCUUGCACGUUUAGCUAAGCUGGAGACAGCAAAUGCUGAUCUUGCAAGAUCCCUUGCAGCUGCUCAGUGGAAACUUGGAGUAGAGGCUAAACGAGUGGCGGAACUCCGACAGCAGAUUGCGUCAAAAGAGUUGGUUCAUGAAGAACUCAGGAGGAGUAUCACACAAAUCCUCCUCAAACUGGAUCUUCAAAAAAUCAGGCAAGCCAGGAAACUCGAAGCUGAUAUUGAAUUAAUAAGGAAGGACAUGGAGGAGCCAACAGAAGUUGAAGUUGAGCUGAAGCGAAGGCUUAGUCAGAUGACAGAUCAUUUAAUUCAAAAGCAAGCCAAGGUUGAAGCCCUUUCCUCAGAGAAGGCAAGUCUUGUAUUUAGAAUCGAGACACUGUCAAGGCUGCUGGACGAAAACAUGUUGGCAUCAGGAGCGACUAACAUUGCUAACGCCUCCUCAUCAAUUGACUUGGAAUCAGGGAUAUGGCAACUCUCUAAUUCAAAGUUGAGGCCUAUGUUGCGAGAGAGGUAUCACACAGGCAAGAAACAGUUGGGGUCACUGCUUCGACAAUUAGAUCAUGUUUUUGUGUCCGGCGCCCUGUUCUUGAGAAGGAAUCCGACGGCAAAAAUAUGGGCUUUGGUUUACGUUAUUUGCCUUCAUUUCUGGGUGCUUUAUAUUUUCUUGUCACAUUCUGGGGCUUCUAACGAGGGUAGAUCAGGCGCUGUGAUGUCUUUGGAAAACAUUAACCACACUGGAGGAGUAUGAAUUGGUUACGAUGCCUUGUUCCUUGCAUGGCUUAGGCUUACCUCACCUUUUAGGAGGAGUCUUUCAUUGCAUUCAUUGAAUGUUGAAUAUCAAGAUGAAAGCAAAUGCUUGUAAAUAUGGGCAUUGGCUGACCCCUAUGCUACAAUUUAUAUUCAGUGGGGAGCUGAGCAUGGACCAGACUGGGCUUGGCUGGUCAUUAGGCCGUGGUCUAGUCUAGUUAGGUUUCCAAGCUGCUUAUCUCAGCCUGUAGACCGGUUCAGCCUGUUGAUAACAGAAUUAAUUGACGGUUAGGUUGAGGAUCCCCCCAACCUAAAAUUUUAGAAUAA